UAGUUGCACAUCCGAUGAAAACAAAUAUGGCGUCGAGUUACACAUCGUCUCCUCGAUACGUAAAUGAUACAGAUUUCGAUGAUGUAGAUAGUUUAGAUUUAGAUGAUGAUCGAGACUUUGAUGAAAAUUUUACCGAUGAAGCAAUGGCUUCCUUCAACACAGAAGAUGCAAGUGAAACGGACAUGGUUAAGCGUGAAACAGAAUACACGGAAAUCAAAGAGCAAAUGUACCAAGACAAGUUGGCCCACUUGAAGAAGCAGUUGCAGCAACUGGAGGAAGGAACGCUACCAGAGUACAUCAAGAAACGAAAAAAAAUUGAUCAACAGUACAAGGAGCGGAUUCGUGUGAAUGAGAUCUGGAGAGAGUUUGAACUUGAUGUAGUGGAGAGGGAAUAUAUAAAGGAAAAGAAAGCAUCUGUUAAAGAUUUUGAGUUAAUGUUCCAGGAGAAGAAGAUUGAACUGAAAAAGAAUCUUAUUGAAGAGUUGGAAGAUAAAAAGAAGAACAUUGAAAGUGAAAGAAAUUCAAUGGACCUUACAGGAGGGUUCCUGUUAUCUGACUCCAUGGAAAUGAAACCUGUAACCACAAGGAAGCUACGUCGACGACCAAAUGACCCCAUGCCAUUACCAGAGAAAAGGAGGAAACAAAAUCCAGCUCAGCUAAAUCUUUUCCUGGAUGAUGAAGAUAUUAUGGAUGAUUUGAGAAUCAUCAACAAAGUUAGUGGAAAGCCUGUCAGCAAAAAAGUCACCCCUCAUCCCUCACCCAUAGAACCUAUCAUAGCAGAGGCCAAGAUAGAUGAUGGAAGACUGUAUUAUGACAAGAGAUGGUUUCACCGGAAUCAACCAGUAUUUGUAGAGUCUAAGGAUAUGGGGAAAUUUACAGGAGUUAUUACAACAGUGGGAUCACAAGAGAUUUGGAUUAGGAAAAUUCCAGACAAUUGUAAAAUGAGAAUUUCUGUUGGACAAUUAGAAAAAGGACAGAUAUUUUUAAGGAGGAGGUGAAAAGUGUAUGAUUUUUUUUAGCAUUGCUAUUGAGCUAAUAUGCCAAGGAUUGAAUGAACAUUCAGUCUUCAUAAAGAUGUGAAAGAAGUGUGGAACACUGCCAUAUAUGUGACAAUUGUAUUUGUACAUGUAUCUUGUUUUAUCUACUUUUAUGAAAUUUAUUACUUGGGUAGUAAUAAAUAUGUUUUGUUGAAUAA